CGACCCUCAAACAUAGAACUAGCUAAACUAUGAGCCGCUGAAUUCAUUGAGCGCCUACAAAAAGAAAAAGAAAUAUUAGUAAACUCCGAGCUAAUGUCAUGAAUAUCCUCCGCCAAUAACCCCUUAACCGAUAAACUUGAACCACUCGAUCUUGAUUUUGUUGUUAGCCAGCAAAGAAUCAGAUUCAACCUUGACAAAAUCCCACGAUUGGUCUUUCAACCAACUCAAGGCCUCUCGAAUGCUCAAAAGUUCAGCUUCUAAUGGAGUGCAGCCACCCCCAAGCUUUUGCUCCACCUGCCACAAAUUCUCCCGCACUGGCACACAACACCCACCAGAGGCCGCUAGUCACAUUCCCAGCAGAUGCAUCACAUUUUAAUUUUAGCCAUCCCAUUGCCAGCCUGCACCAUCUGGAACAUCCCCUCUCUGCAAGCUGCUGCUACCUUACUGCCCGUAUAUUGAGCCUCCCUCCACCCAUCAACAAAGGUCUUAGCAUUAAGCAUAAAUUAUAUAGGAGCCAGACUCUUCUGUUGUGCUUGCCCCAGCAUCCCAAGCAACUACCCCAGCUCCUCUGACUUAGCCCAAAAAACUCCCUCAAGCCACUCCAUAAAACAGCCUAUCAUUUGACCGUUCACCGACCAACCGAUUGCCCGCCAAGCUUCCUUCACGGCGGGGCAUUGAACAAACAAGUGCAACGGCGUUUCCUCUGCCAUUCCGCACAGGCCACAUUAGGGUUGAGCACAGAUCUGGGAUUUCCCGUUCCAUACCCAGAACCGUCUCGAACCGUACCAGAACCGAG